UGAAACAGAUGAAGAGAUCUGUAACAAACAACAACCGCACUGAAUUAUGAUCCAUGAACGCAAGAUUAUUGACAAUUUGACAUGUCUUCCUCUCAGCGAGACAUCUGAGCUAACCUCCCACUCUUCAUCUCUUUGUUCACAUAGAAACUAAAAAUCUCAGAUACAGAGAUAUCAGAAUUUCUAAAAAGAAUAAAACUUAAUACAGAAUGGCAGGCGGAAGGAAACCCAUUUUGUUGGGUUUGUUUUUGGUUAUGGUAAUGGGAAUUGCCAUUUACUUGAGGCUUUGGACUAUCGAUUACUCUGUUUCAUCUUCUGACAACGAGUUGCUCAGGAGGCAAUUUGAUCUUGCGAAUAGGGAGGCAAUGGAUGAAUCUGCAGAAUGGCGAUAUAAAUAUGAUAGAGAGGUAGAUAAGGUUAACAAGUGUUCGAAGGAACUUAGCGAGGUUAAGGAUAGUUUAGAGAAGCAAAUUGAGGAUUCUGCUAGCAUUAACGCAAAACUGUCAACACUCCAAAAGGAAAACACUGCAUUGGUUGAACAGGUGGAACUCUUAAAUAAACAGCUAGUGACUGCGAAGUUGAAGUGCGGCCAAAUAUAGGAUAAUUGAUUCCUGAAACUUUAACAUUGGGUUGAGUGGAUCUUUCCAUUGCUUUCUAGCUGUUGUCGGAGAGAAGUAUUGGGUCACAAUUUUUGCUGAGUUUACAGCUUCCAAUCCACUUCAGGAAAAAAAGCUAUUUUUUUAAGAUGCCAUGCCUUACCAGCUAUUUACAGGACCAAUUAGUUAUCAUUUUUUUCAGCUAAGGGGCAUCCAAGGAGUGGCAAAACCGUUGCUCUUUUCAAGAGAAGAAUCUGUUUUCCUUUCUUGAGGUUUACUGUUUACGCUGAGAAGAGGGUGCUUGGUCAAUUUUGCAGUUGUUUGAUGCCAAAUAAUUUAAUUUUUUUCUUUUAUUUGAAAUAAUUAUUUUUUGUAAUGCAUUUUUUUUAACAGUUUUGAAGUGUUAUUUUUUGUUGAAGAGAUAAUUUUGCUGGUUU